CCGAAGCGGUCGCGACUCUUUCCGGGCGCGCGCGCGCGCCCGUCCUCGCGGGGCCUCCGGAAACGCGAGGACGGGCCCACCUCGAGAUCGGAACUUCGCCCUCUGCGAGCCGCUUUCCGGAGCCUGGCCGAUUUCUUUGUGCGCUUAACCUCUGUCGACGUCAGGGCGAGGGCCACAUUAUUGCCUUAGUAAUUUUUUAAUCCUACCGUAUCGAGCAUCGUCGUGCCGACGAUCGAAGGAAUAAAGACGGUACGAGCUCAGGGGUGACUCUGUCGAACGUGGCACGGAUUCAGGUACAAUUCAAGGAGAGGUGGAAGAGUUAAGCUGUCCGAAAGGAGAUGGUCAUGGAUACAGCGCCUUCGCCACAAAGUGUCGGUCGUGAGUUCGUCCGACAGUACUAUACUCUGCUCAAUCAAGCGCCGUUACAUCUGCACAGGUUUUACAACCAACAGUCUUCCUUUGUCCAUGGAGGACUCGAUGCGUCCAGCAAGGAGAUGAACCCUGUUAUUGGCCAGAAACAAAUUCACCAGAAGAUUCAACAGUUAAACUUUCGUGACUGUCAUGCCAAAAUCACUCAGGUGGAUUCUCAGGCUACACUUGGAGAUGGCGUCGUCGUACAGGUGACAGGAGAGUUGUCCAAUGCUGGCGAACCAAUGCGUCGCUUUACACAAACGUUCGUAUUGGGAGCCCAGGCACCCAAGAAGUACUAUGUGCAUAAUGACAUCUUCCGCUAUCAGGACAUGGUUUUUCCGGACGAGGAAGAGGGUUGUGUGGAAGGGGUAAAAGGAGGUGUCGGUGAAAAUACUGAGCGAGAAGGCGAGGAAGGUGGUCGUUCCGAACCCGAAGAGGAUCAGGAACAAAAUCAGGGGCAAACACAUUUAACCGUCACUGCCAUCGAACAGCAAGUUCAACCGCCUCUCCUUCCCACUCAGCAAGCACCAUUACAGCAAGUUUGUUACGCGCCACAACCACAGCAGCAAGUACACCCAGUGAUGCAGCCAGUGACCAUCAAUGGUUCCAUUCACGAAGAGGCACCAUUGAUCGCUCAACAGCCGCUGCAACAACCGCAACAGCAGGCACCUCCAGCAACGGCACCUCUGCAACCGCAGCACCCACCACAUUCGCACACGUACAUUCCCGAACCCGUUCCCCAGGAACAAUUUCCUCAGGAAUCGGACACAUCGGCCGAACAGCAGCAGCAGGCGGAAGAGGAACCACAGGUGCAGGUCGAAGAGUCUCACGAGCAGCCGGAAGCGGAAACAUUUCCAGCCACGGCACCCGAACCAGAGCCGGAACAUCCAGUGGCGGCUGCAACCACCAACAGCAGCGGUCCUAAGACUUACGCGAACCUGGUUAAAUCUUUCUCGAAUGCUGCUGGAGCUACCAGCCCACAAGCGCCAAAACUAUCCAUGUCUCCGCCGCCAAUGUCGAAUUUGCGACUAGACGAAAGAUCUUCGAUGCAUCCAAGCAGCAGCGGUCCCUCACUUUCCACUCCAGGUGGUAUGUCGUCCGGGAUGCCACCGGUCCACAGAGUCGGUGGAAGCCAACCACCGCAACAUCAGCAUCCACAACAGCAAAGACCUACGAGGGGUGGUCCGGUACAACGAGGUACGGGGAGGGGUCCACCACGACCUCCCUUUUCUUCCGAUGAUAAUGGCUGGGACGGCGACCGUCGCGGAAGACUCAACCAGUACAGCGACGCGCAACAACUCUUCCUGGGCAAUCUGCCGCACAAAGCGUCGGAACCGGAGCUUCGGAAGAUGUUCGAGAGGUUCGGCAAUGUUGUCGAGCUGCGCAUCUUCAGCAAGCAGACCGAGAGAGGCAAGGGUGUUCUGGGAUCGAACAACACGAGAGUACCCAAUUACGGUUUCAUCACAUUCGAGGACCAUCAGGUCGUCACGAAGAUUCUGGACUCCGGGCCGUUCUACUUCCCCGACGACAAUGGCCAGCAACAGAAGCUGAACGUGGAGAAGAAGAUCAGACCUAGGAUCUCGAUGGACGGGGGAAGAUCGGCAACCGGGGAUGGUAACAUGCGGCCCAUGAGUGGACAGCAGCAACAGCAACGUGGUCCAGGUGGCCCAGGAGGAGUGAUUCGAGGUGGACAUCAGGGAGCGAGAGGUGGCCGCGGCGGAUUCUCACGCGGAGGAGACGGCGGCAGAGGCGGCGGCGGUAUGAGGCAGCCUGGCACCCCGAACAACCCCGGGUACCAGAACCGUCGCUGACCAUUUCGACGACGCGAGCGUCGUCCCCAGCCCCUCCGUCGUCACAGCAACGAGCCAGUGGUAUACUUUCCCGACACGAGGCCGACCACCGUCUCGGACGUCGCUCGCCGCCGACGUUUCCGCAUAACCUCGCAGGCGACCUUCGUCAUGGCACCGAAGAGCGCAUCCCAGAUCCCGCGGCGCUUCCGCUCGAACUCGAAUGCGAAACUCUACGCGCAGCAGACGUCCCUGGUGUCGUUAGGGCGGCCCCAGGUCCGCACCCCCGAGAAGGCUCGAACCUACCUUAAGCAGCGUUCGCACGUCCUCGACACCGUUAACGCGAUCCUCUACCUGAAGACCCUACUUCCGCAGCACCGAUCCUUUUGAUUCGAGUUCGACCGUUGUUUCCGUCUCUUUUUUUCUUUUUUUCCUUUUAUUCUCUUCUUUUUUUUUCGACUUUCUUAUACCCCGCCGCCAAGCGACGUCUGAGACUUUAUUAAACAUCGUUCGUACGUAAACACAGGACAAAUACAUACAUACGCUCAGGAUGCGCGCAGCAGGGCGAGUCGUUCGCGGAAUGAGGCGCGAUUUCGUGACGUCGGUACGUGGAUCAGGAAAAUUGGCUAUCGCGAGGAGUUCGUAGGCGAGGCCAGGGCUCGCUUUCUUCUGCGCCGUUGACGGAACUUCUCCGUUUAGGCUCGGGGGUAUCGGUCGUGGCGAAAUGUGUACACGAUGGGUCCCCGCGGCGAGCAUGGCUACUCGAAGAUUGGCUAUUGCGACGGCGAUGUCGCCGGGUCGGUAGUUUGCCGAAGUAGGACGACUGGUUCUUAGGACGCACGUAGACGGGACACGGCUGAGUCGAUUUCCUCGCCUUUCUUUCCUUUUGUUUUUAAUUUCUCUUUUAUAUUGCUUCUGUACUUUUGUCGAUAGAGCAACGCUCGGUAUCCCUCGAGAUAGGGAGCUAGUAGGAGGGGGCGAGCCCGCCGAUAUAUAUUUUACAUUGUGAUCUCGUUCCUUGACCGUUUACGGGUUAACGGAAAGGACUCGUCCACGCGACAGGGUGUCCCGAUGUCGCGCCUCCGUUUCCGUUUCUUCUUUUAGUCUUAUUUCCCUCGCGAAUUGCGGAAAGACUCGCGGCGCGAAUGCUCGGGCCUCCUUGUGGCCAUCUUCUCUUUCUCCCUCUCUCGCGGUGACGUCUUUUGCUACGGACAUAUCUUGGACUCUCGCCUGAUCGGCCUGCCGUGUACUACUAUCCACUAAUUGCGCUACUUAGACACCUUCGACUCGCAAGGUAGACACUUAGGCUCGUGGCGAAGCCGAGGUUCGCAGUGUUCGACGAGACCGCCACGUGAUGUAUAUCCAUAUGUAUAUCGAGAGGAAGGAAAUGAAAAAAGACAGGUUUUAGUCCGAUCUUCAGGGUGAGACCUCGAAGACGAUCUCGCCGUUCCCGGUACCCGCUCGUUUGCGUCUCGACUCGACUCGACUCCCAUUUCGCCAUUUUGUUUUUCCCUCUUUCUGGGUCGGACGUUUCCCUUGGCUUGUGAUAUGUGGAGGGCUGACCCUUCUCGUGACUUCCGCAACCUGGACUGGAUUAACGUAUCGUUAUAAGACUACUUUACAGCAGCGAGUUGUGCACAAAUCUCUCUGGCAAUCGCAGAUCUCGUACUUGGCCAUACUUUAGUGAGUUUAUCGUGUAGAAAGGAGACCCCACCGUGGUGAUCUGUUGCUGACCGGAACUCUCUCUCCGUCAAACGAGUCGAUCCCCUCGUCGAGUUCUCCGACCGACUAGAGUCCUUCCUUCGCGCUUUCACGCGGUUCAGCGUGAAGAGCGACACCGUGUAUUUAACUAUUAUUAGGCUACUAGGUAACGCUUAACUUUAAAGCUCUCGAAAUCGGGGGACGCAUUCUCUCCCUCGUUCGGUCCUCGACAUGGACCGAAACCGCCGGAGAGCACCCGAGAGUUCUGCGAGUGUCAGAGUCGACGUUUAACCGGCUUGUCCGGGUGAUUAUCACCCUGCGAAAUGAAAACUCAGAGCUAAUCUAACCGUCGUUCCCGAUUUCCGAGCGAUAUAUCCUGAUAAGCAAAAUCGUCGUCCACGAGUCUGGAAACCCGCGACCGUAGCGUCUAGAUCGAGGAACCGCCUCGGGAAAUGUUUUACACUGCGACGUGAAUGUGAAAUCGGGCCGAACCUUUGAUUUAUAAAUAAUUUAAGAAGGUGUCACGAGGAAAUCUCCGUCGGGCACGACUUGGACCUUCUAACUCGCUGAGGGAAUGUUUUUCUGGGCCGACUCGACGAAUGUGCAUUACUUCGGACGUCGAUUAAAAAUCAAUUUGAAGCAACAUUCGUCCGUCGAUCGAAUAUCCUCUAAUCUCGCGCCCGCUAAGCGAGUUAAUUGCGAGUCUUCUCAGUCUAAUCCUACAAGUGUAACUCCGAUCUUAGGUCGGGGAGGGUCUUAGGAACGACCUCGUCGUAUGGAGGAAUCGUAUGCAAAACCGACGCGAAGGCGAAACCCGCGUCCCGAGAGCCAGCAAUGUUUAUUCCGAGGCGAUGCAUACUUUAAAGUUACAGCAAUAAAUAGAUAAUGGUUUUAGCUUUGUAAAUAGAAGGGCAUCGGGACGAGAACAACGCAUGAGCUUUCGCGUCGUCUCUGCAACCGAGUCCUCAGGCGGUAACCCGGUAAUCAGCUGAUCCGCCGAUCAGCUGAUCGCCGAAACAACGACCGUUUCUUUUUCUUGUAACGUCCGCGCAACGAUGCGUCGUUGAACGUUCUUGGUGUACUUUUCGGCGCCACUUUGAGGGUGUAGCACGACGAAAGUGGAGAGACGAGGAUACUUGGAUGAGGUAAAACGUAAAGAUGCGAGGACCGCGUCCGAUGGAGCUCCAGAUUUUGUUCGAGGUCCGUACGCGAGAAACAACGCGAGACGCUCAUCUAGAGCUACGUAUAUAACCGACGCAUACGUAGGGGCCGACAGCAAUAAUAGAGUACAGGUUUAGGCCGUGUAAAUAAAGCGAAGGAAAGUAACCCACUGGUCGAUUAGUCGUUUUCACGUCCAGCCUCCGGAUUCAGAGCGAGAGCGGACCCGCGACCCCGACCUCUCGCUUUUACUCGCCGAGGGAAAACCUGAGACUCGGGUCUAGACGUGGAAAAUGUCCAGCGAGAGGAAACGAGGGAAAGAGGGAAACGGCGGGAACUUGUGGACAGGUUGCACGUUAUCAGCUCGGAAUCCGCGUCCAGAAGGGAGUCGAUCCUCGUCUAACGAUGAUAUCCCGGUGGACGUGGAUACCGAGCGAGUUUCGACUGGGAUCGCGAUUCCUUUUAUUAUUAAUAUUAUUGUUUUCAUAUACUAAACGUCCCUAUCGCGAGGAACGGCGGACCGAAUUCUGUCGAGAUGGAGAGACCUGCGCGCGAGGCAAACGUUUUACGAGGAACGCCUUUCGAUGGGAUUUUGCGAAAGAGGGGAAAAGGAAAGAGUGAAAAAUCCGAAAAGGAGGGUAUACACGGAUGCCCAAGUGCUGCGCGCCCUGCAAAUUUGUGACAUGACUGCUCUCAGAAGCCCCCCUUGACCCCACGAUUCCCCACCCCUUUAGGUUAUCCCAUAACGACUCGAGCGAGGAACGCGAAUUAUUAUAACGAUAAAUCUAGAAAGGACGGCGAUAAUUAAGUUGUGAAUUUUUGUAGCGAACGUUUUUAUUUCGCCCCCCCCAUUCCCCGACCUCGUCCCGCCCCUCGCGGGGGCCGCCGUUUGUGUGUACAACCGUGGACAACGUUACUGCGAUAUAUAAAUGAGAAAGAAAGAGAAUAACAUGAGAUAACGUUAAAAUGAAAUGAAAAAACCAAGAAACAUCAGAUGUAUUGUAACUUUUUGCAUUUAGUAUAAUAUACCUGUACCUUACUACCAAGA